UAGUUUUUUUUUCCUACGCCCAAAUCUGUUACCCCGGGCAACAGCUGAGACGUCCGGGACAAGAUACGUCUUUCCUUCUACAGGCUUGAGUCAAGAACUCAGUCAGUCAUCUUGGUAAUACCGGAUUGGAUGCCUAAAACUGCAGGAAAAAGACUAGAACUUUCAGGAAAAUACCGUAUGCAAUAAUUCAGAUAUGGCAGAAGUGAAAUCAAUGUUCCGGGAAGUUCUUCCAAAACAAGGGCAGUUGUCUGUGGAAGAUGUAACCACAAUGGUGCUGUGUAAACCCAAACUUUUACCCCUAAAAUCUCUGACUCUGGAAAAAUUGGAGAAAAUGCAUGAAGCAGCACAGGAUACAAUUCACCAACAAGAAGUAGCAGAAAAAGAACGACAUAUCACCCAUUGAAUGAUAACUUAGCACUCUGGGGAGCAACUUACCUUAUCUACUGUUUAACAAUAACUAGAAAAUAAUGAGCUUCUGUAUGCUGAAAGUAGUAUUUGAAAAUAAAACUGAUAGCAUUCAUAUUAAUACAAACAUACCCAAGAUUGAUGAAAAUUGUAUUUUGAAUUUAAACACCUUUGUAUGAACAUAAGCAAUUAAACUUUGAACCAAAUUGAUGAGAUUUUAUUCAAUUCAUGUAUUUAGAACUGCAAAUUAAGUUAUCCUUCACCAUUCCUGUUGCUAUCAGUUUUAUAGGUAACAUUCUUAGGCUAAAUGCAACUUUUAUAUAGAGAUCUUUACAUGUUUAUUAAAAACCUGAAUCUAAAAGUACAUUCCAAUCUUGCAUUAAGUGUUUAUGUUGGGCUUUUAUCUAAUUAAAAAAAUAACCAAUUUUGUGUGCUA